AUGCGGAGCUCCUUCUUGUACGUUCACCAACUCAGCGACUUCUUUGAGAACGGCACACCUUGCCGCCUUGAGAAUGAGGAAGCCGAUUGCUGGAUUGGAGCUUACAUGAUCUAUUCCAAAGCCCUGAUGUUUACCAUCAUGCACUCUUGGCAGAUUCCGUAUCUCAUUUGUGGCCUGCUCCUGCCUUCGAGGGUGUGCCUCGGGAGGCUGUGGGUGGGAUUGGCGCUCGUUCAGCUGACCAAGGGCAUCUCCGAUUUCGUCACCGUCCUACCUGCCCAGGCCGUUCGCGUCCAUAUUGGCAACCCAGUGCCGUCCGACCUGGUGCUCUACACAACACUGCAUGGACUUUGCAGUUUGGUGACUGGGCUUCUUCUUCUGCAGCCUGGUUUCCAAAGGUGGGUCUACUUUCGAUUGCUUUCGGCCGGGGGCGCCUACACGGCGGCCUCGAGUGUGGCAGCCUUCUUGGGCAGUCAGACCAGCCGAAAGGUCAUGGAGUUGGCGCAGGAUACGUGCCGCUUCAUAUCUCUGGACAAGGUUACGGAGAAAGACAUGAUCAGCUCUAGCCCAGAUCCAGCUUUGAAGAGGCUGUCUACACCCUGCCAGCUUCAGGACAUUGAUGCCUUCCUAUCUCACAGCUGGCAGGAUGCUUGUGGCCGAAAGUGGGAGGCUCUUCAGGCGUGGCGCAAAUCCUUUAAGAUGCACCAUCAGCGUGAACCCC